AUGUGUGGCCGAAGACUGAAGAGAUCUGUUGCUUUUUGGGCAUUUGUUUUCAUAAGGACAGUUACCGGGCUUGCCGGAGAAGGAAGAUCUGUAUGGAAAAAGGACCUUAACUUCAGUCCUGUGAAUGGCACUCAGAUGUUUCUGUAUGACACUUUCCCCAAAAAAUUUCUUUGGGGAGUAGGCACUGGAGCAUUUCAGGUGGAGGGCAGCUGGAGGAAGGAUGGAAAGGGACCCUCAAUAUGGGACCACUUCAUUCACUCAGAUUUCAGAGAUGCUGCCAGCAUAGAUGACUCCAGCAACAGUUACAAUUUUCUGGACAAAGACUUGUCAGCUCUGGAUUUUUUGGGAGUUACUUUUUAUCAGUUUUCAAUUUCAUGGCCAAGGCUCUUUCCCGCAGGGAUGAUAGCAAAUGCCAACGAAAAAGGACUCCACUACUACAAUACUCUCAUUGACUCUCUAGUCCACAGAAAUAUUGAGCCCAUAGUAACUCUGUACCACUGGGACUUGCCUUUGGCACUGCAAGAAAAAUACGGGGGGUGGAAAAAUGAAUCAGUAAUUGAUAUCUUCAACGACUAUGCAACUUUUUGUUUCCAAAUUUUUGGGGACCGCGUUAAAUACUGGAUUACAAUUCACAAUCCUUAUUUAGUUGCCUGGCAUGGGUAUGGUACAGGUAUGCAUGCACCUGGAGAGAGAGGGAGAAUAGCAGCUGUCUAUACUGUAGGACACAAUCUGAUCAAGGCUCAUGCAAAAGUUUGGCAUAACUACAACACACGCUUUCGGCCACAUCAGAAGGGUUUUUUGUCAAUAACCUUGGGAUCCCACUGGAUCGAACCUAACAAAUCAGAUGAUACUUUGGACAUUAAUAAGUGUCAGCAGUCCAUGGAGAGAGUGCUAGGAUGGUUUGCCAAGCCCAUUCAUGGGGAUGGGGAUUACCCAGAAGAACUGAAAAAUAAAUUAUAUUCUUUUCUGCCCAACUUUACUGAGGCUGAGAAAAACUAUAUAAAAGGAACAGCUGACUUCUUUGCAUUUUCCUUUGGUCCUAAUAAUUUUAAGCCUCCAAACACACUAGCUAAAAUGGGACAAAAUUUGUCACUCAAUUUGAGGGAAGUACUGAAUUGGAUUAAACUGGAAUACACCAAUCCCAGAAUCCUGAUUGCAGAGAAUGGUUGGUUCACUGACAGUCAUGUGAAAACAGAAGACACCACAGCCAUCUACAUGAUGAAGAACUUCAUUAAUAAGGUUUUACAAGCUAUUAAAUACGACAGAAUAGAUGUGUUUGGUUACACAGCCUGGUCUCUUCUUGAUGGCUUUGAAUGGCAACAUGCCUACAGCACUAGACGUGGAUUAUUUUAUGUAGAUUUCAACAGUAAACAGAAAGAAAGGAUUCCAAAAUCAUCUGCACUGUAUUACAAAGAAAUAAUUCAAGAAAAUGGCUUCUUUCUGAAAGAGUCUACUGCAUCUUUGCAAGGUCAAUUUCCCUGUGACUUUUCCUGGGGUAUCACAGAGUCCGUUCUUAAGGCAGAAUCUGUAGCUUCCUCUCCACAGUUCUGUGACCCUAACCUGUAUCUCUGGAACAUCACUGGAGAUGGGCUUUUGCACCGAGUUAAAGGAGUGAAGCUGAAAACCCGACCAGCUCAGUGUACAGACUUUGUCAGUAUUAAAAAACAACUUGAUCUCUUGGAAAAAAUGAAAGUAACACAUUACAGAUUUGCACUUGACUGGUCAUUAAUUUUACCUAAUGGGGAUUUGUCAGCCAUCAAUAGACAAGUUCUCAGAUAUUAUAGAUGUGUGAUUAGUGAGCUACUGAAACUCAAUAUUAAAUCUAUGGUCACCUUAUACUAUCCAACUCAUGCCUACUUAGGCUUGCCUGGUCCUUUGUUGCAGAGAGGAGGAUGGCUAAAUCAAUCUACUGUCCAGGCUUUUCAGAACUACGCCGCUUUGUGUUUUCAGGAACUUGGUGACUUGGUUAAACUCUGGAUCACCAUAAAUGAGCCAAACAGAUUAAGCGAUGUCUAUAAUAGCAGCAGCAAUGAUACGUAUCAGGCAGCACAUAAUUUACUGAUAGCACAUGCCAGGGCCUGGCAAAUAUAUGACAAGCAGUAUAGAUCAUUUCAGCAUGGACUAGUGUCUCUGUCUCUGCAUUCAGAUUGGGCUGAGCCUGCCAAUCCCUAUUUUGAUUCUCACUUAAAAGCUGCUGAAAGAUUUCUUCAAUUUGAAAUAGCCUGGUUUGCAGAUCCAAUUUUUAAGACAGGGGAUUAUCCAGCAGCCAUGAGGGAAUACAUUGUAUCUAAAAACACAAAAGGCCUCUCAAGUUCCUUCUUGCCAUAUUUCACAGAUGAAGAAAAGAAACUUGUUAAAGGUGCAGCUGAUUUUUAUGCACUGAAUCAUUUUACCACAAGAUUUGUGAUUCAUGAACUUCAAAAUGGGAGCUGGUAUGAAUUUGAUCGGGAUGUUCAAUUCCUGCAGGAUAUCACAUGCCUGAGUUCCCCAUCUCGUUUGGCAGUGGUGCCCUGGGGGAUGCGCAAAGUUCUAAAAUGGAUUAAAAAAACCUAUGGUGAUAUAGAUGUUUACAUCACAGCAAAUGGGAUCGACGACCAGUCUUUGGCUAAUGAUGAACUUCGAAACUAUUACUUAGGAAAAUAUACCCAAGAGGUUUUAAAAGCAUAUCAUAUUGAUAAAGUAAAGAUUAGAGGUUAUUACGCAUUUAAACUGACUGAAGAAAAAUCAAAACCCAGAUUUGGAUUCUUCACUUCUGAUUCAAGAGCCAAGUCUUCAGUACAAAUUUACAACAACCUGAUUAGUAGCAAUGGCUUUCCUGCAGAGUAUUCUAGUGAUCUAUGUGAUCAAUCAGAGGAAAAAACACAGUGUACCUUCUGUUUAUUUCUCUCACAGAAGAAGCCUCUGAUAUUCUUUGGCUGCUGUCUUUUCUCCACAUUUGUCCUGCUUCUAACAAUUAUAAUUUUUCACAAAAGAAAAAGAAGAAAACUGUAUAGGGCAAAAAACUUCCAACACAUCUGUCCCCCAUUUAAAAAGGGACACAAAGCUACUCUCAACUAGAUUCAUCACUGUCUGCAUCUGCUUUCUGCAUAGGAUAAAGAGGAUGGGACAAUUUCUGAGAAGCACUAUGUGAGUCACUCCAGUUAUACACACCAAAUAACAUUCAUUGGAGGAAUGGAAAAUAAUUACACAAGGGAGAAGAAAAACUGAUGUUGAAGGGUACCAG